CAUAAAUGCUAUCAAGGAUAUCAUCAAAAAGCAGACUUAUCCACAAUUUACCCAGAAGAUAUGCUACACAGUUCAAAGAUUUCUUCGGAAUCUCCCAGUCAAUAGAAAAGCGCAAAAUAGAAAAUGACCAUAUGCUGAAUUAUAAUAUCUCAAAUACAAAAGUUAUAUCAGGAUUGUUGGGAUCUAUUGUAUGAUUGGGCAUAGCUAUACAUUUAAUGAGCACCAAAUAAGAGUGCAACUAUAUUCUCGUUCCUGGACCUAUACAAGAACAAACUAAGUAUAAGUUUGUGAACAUCAUUCGAUUCUCCUGAAUGGCUACUUAAGAAAAAGAUGAUGAUCAUGGCAAAUUUGUUAGAAAAUCUCAAUUCAGCCACUACCUUAGAAUCAAAGAACCAGGCUGAAUACAUUAGAUUAUGCAAAAUGCUAAUCCAUUGAAUUAAGAAAGCCAAAGUUAGGGCGAUGGUAAACGGAAAUACUUACUGUCUUGAUGAAUUCCUAACCUGUAUUGCAUUUAUUAUUCCAAGACUAGAAGUUAAAGACCAGUUUAUUAAGUGCAAAGAAAACCUUCUUUCUAUCAUUAUAGAGCUUAUGUACCAAUAUUGUCUCUAUCUUCAAACAAGUAAGAAAACUCUUCCUGAAAAAAAAUACCAAGAAAUAUUACUUAAAAGCCACAAAAUCAUCAAAAAGGGGUCAAUAUUGCUCAUAAAACACACAGACUCCCUCUUAAUCGACUCUACAGCCAACUACCUCAAAAUUCUAAAAAUCAUGAUCGAAGUAGACCACUUCUACUCCUUCCAAAACUCAUCCAGUGACGAACCCCAAAAACUACAUCUCGAGCUAAAACAAAAGCUUAAGGCCAAAAUAGAACCCCUCAUCUCAGAGUACCUCCACGACUACGACUUCAACAAAGCUCUGUACGGUGAGAACGACAUUUUCACAAAAUGGGAAGAAAUCUUCAAAACUCCUACCUAGCAGUCCUGUUUAAAU